AAUCUGCGACAGAAGACGGACGAUUGGUACGGAGAACCAAGCCCUGCUCGGUGAUCGCCCGUGUCAUUGUUCGCUGUGAGCGGCUCCUACCGCGGUGCUGCUGCGCGUACUACAGACGGAAGCUGCGUCUCCGCGCCUAUACUCACAGAUUCGCGCGAAUAGAGCAGAAACAUGCCGGAGGAACAGAAGACCGCUGGUGCUCCAGCGGAAGCAACGGCGGAGAAUGGGACCGGGACGAACUCGCCCACAAAGAGUCCAGUUAGCAAGGGAAAGAUGGCCCUCGCCAAGGUUACGCUCCUCGACGGUACCGUUAAGGAUUUCUACAUCGACAGGAAGGCGAGAGGACAGGAACUUCUCGACAUGAUCUGUCAGAGUAUGAAUCUGCUGGAGAAGGAUUACUUCGGCCUCAUCUACGAGGACAGGCACGAUCCACGCAAUUGGUUGGAUCUACACAAGAAGAUCGCGAAAUUUGUAAAAAACGAACCGUGGAAGUUCAACUUCGAGGUGAAGUUCUAUCCACCGGACCCGGCACAGUUGCAGGAGGAUAUCACGCGUUACCAGCUAUGUCUGCAGAUCAGAAAUGACAUUAUCACUGGACGGUUGCUGUGUUCCUUUGUGACACACGCGCUUUUGGGCUCUUAUCUAGUACAGUCAGAAGUUGGGGAUUACGAUCCUGAGGAACAUGGCAGAACAUACCUGAAGGAUUUUAAAUUCGCACCUAGCCAGACAUCCGAGUUGGUGGAAAAAGUUAUGGACCUUCAUAAAACGCAUAAAGGUCAAACACCCGCCGAGGCGGAACUGCAUUAUCUCGAAAACGCGAAGAAACUGGCCAUGUACGGUGUGGAUCUUCAUCCCGCGAAGGAUUCUGAAGGCGUCGACAUAAUGUUAGGUGUGUGUGCUUCGGGCCUCCUCGUCUACAGGGAUCGUUUGAGAAUCAAUAGGUUUGCUUGGCCAAAGAUACUGAAGAUCUCUUACAAGAGACACAAUUUCUACAUCAAGAUCAGACCGGGUGAUUUUGAGCAGUUUGAAUCUACUAUCGGAUUCAAGCUAGCUAACUACAGAGCGGCGAAGAAAUUGUGGAAAGUGUCAGUAGAGCAUCAUACUUUCUUCAGGCUUAUGAGUCCGGAGCCUGUAAAGAAAGUGGGAUUAAUUCCACAUCUGGGAUCUCGUUUCCGAUACUCUGGAAGAACUCACUACGAGACGAAAAAGACUCCUAUCGACAGGCAACCUCCGCAAUUCGAGAGGUCCUUGAGUGGCCGACGACUUGCCUCCCGAAGCAUGGAUGCAUUAGGUGGGCCUAAACCAGUCGAAACGUAUGGUUCAGAACCGAGCAAACGACACACCAUGAGUUAUGAGCCUGACAUAGAGCUUCCCGACGAUAUAGAGCAUAUAGACCGACGGCCUAGUCCAAUCAAGAAACAGAAAGAGAAGCUCUCACGAAAAACAAGUGCGGGAACAACAUCAGCUAGCAGCACCAGUAGCCUGGAGGGAGAAUACGAUGCGGAUCGCGGGAGAAAGAAACCGGUCGGAGGAAUCGCUGUCCUACCGCCCGGUGGUCUAUCAAAGAAGAAGAAGGAUAAACAAAAUGAGAAUGAGAAGGAAAAUCACAAUGAUCUGAAUAAUUCUGAUCUGAUUAAUGACAAUGCUCUUCUUGACAACAUUGAUGACAAAUCACUGUCUAAAAAAGAAUCGAAAAAGAAGGACAAGGAAACGCCGGAAAAAAUGGAUAAAGAAAAGAAGGAGAAAGUCAAGAGUCCUGUCGGUGGUUUCCUGUUUGCCAAGAAGGACAAGAAACAGAAAAAGAACAAAGAGCUAGACGAAUCCAUGGAAAAGAGCGACGCGGAGUCAAAUCUUUCCACGUUGGAGAAACAAGGAAAGGAGCUGGUCACGAAGACGGAUACAGCGCAAGAACCCGCGAAAACACCUCAACUUCCCAUUUACACGAAACCUUACGACUACGAGGAAAGGGAAGCUUCGCCCACGAAGAAACCGUACACCCCGCACGGAUUUUCAUACGAAGACAGGCCCGCGUCGCCAGGAGUGCAGGACAAACAAUCACCCACCUCGGCCAGUCGAAAGGCUACGGGAUUGGCGUUCAACUACGCUCCGGGAGAGGAGAAGAAGGUCGCAGAAUCCGCGGAGAAGAGGAAAACGAAGGAAGCGGACAAACAACUGCCGCCAGCAGACUUAAAAACUCCGGGAAUUAAUUAUGUAGAAUCCGCUGGCCUGAAGGAGCAACAGAAGAAUACCGCGCGACCGAAUGUCGACCAGAACCUUACGACGGCCUUUAUCGCUGGGGAAUGUCAACACGCCAUCGAGGAUGCCGCCAGCCAGGCGAAGGUAGCGCCGCCUGCGCCGGUAGAGUCUAAACCAGACUACCACAUCUUGCCUCUUCCCGACGGCUCGAGGGUGAUCGCAGGUGUGAUUUAUACCAAAGAAGGUAAGCCAUUAGAUCAGAGCCACCUCGGACCAGACGGUAGCAGAGUGACGGACGGCAAGGUCUGCGGGAAGGACGGUAAUCCGCUAAAAAAGGCCGAGCUCGGACCGCAUGGAAUGCACAUCAGCAACGGCUUGAUCAUCGGGAAGGAUAACAAGUCUUACAAUCAGCAAACAUUCGGUACCAGCAGGAACUCCAUCAAAAACGGGCUCAUUUAUUCGCCGGACGGCGAAGUGGUGAAACAAUCUUUCUUGGGACCCGAUCACGCGAUCGUCAAAGAGGGUAAGGUGUUAUCAAAGAACGGCAAACCGGUGCAGCAUUGCCCACUAGACGCAGACGGCACAUACGUGAAGGAAGGUCUCAUAUUUACCUCGGGCUCAAAACCGUUGACCCAAGGAUCGUACAACCUAGACAACAGUUACAUAGUCGGCGGUAUAGUGUGCAACGAGGAGGGCAAGCCUCUUCACCAAAUUGCAGUCGUGCCUGACGACACGUUCAUCUGCGACGGACUGAUUCAUGGACCAGACGGGCGACCGCUUAGCGUCGGAAAACUGGGUCUCGACGGCCACUACAUCGCCGACGGGAAGGUAUACUCAAAGGACGGCAAGCCGAUCAAGCACGACUCCUUCAACUCCGACGGUUCCAAUGUGAAGGACGGUGUGAUUUACUCGAAGGAUGGAAAAUUUUUGACUCAGGGCUCCUUACUGCCAACGGGUACUCACCUGAAGGACGGGAAAAUGGUCGGCAAGGAUGGUAAGCCCGUGAAACAUGCAUAUUACAAGCCUGACGGCAGCUUCGUGAAAGAUGGGAUGAUACACGGCAAAGAUGGCAGAUUGUUGAGCCAGAUCCCACUGAUAGCCGAUGGUAAUUCCAUUAAAGAAGGACUGGUGUAUGACAGGAACAACAAACCGCUAUCCCAAGGUCUUUUCAAACCGGACAAUCUUGUGAUCAAAGAAGGAUUAUUGUACAAUGCCGACAGCACGGUGCUGUCGAACGCGGCUCUUGGGCCCGACGGCUCACUCGUGAAGGAUGGCACAAUCAUCGGCAAAGACGGCAAGCUGUUGAAGCAGGAGUCAUUCGGCUCGAACGGCAGCUACAUAAAGAAAGGCGUAAUCUUCACCAAGAACGGCAAGCCACUCAAUCAAGAUUCCUUGGUGCCCGAAGGUGCUACCAUCAAAGACGGCAAGAUUCACGGUAAGGACGGCAAGUUGCUAAAGUUCUCCUUCUUCAAGCCGGAUGGUAGUUACGUGAAGGAUGGCCUUGUCUACGGUGGUAACAACAAACCGUUGAACCUGAACGCUGCUCUGCCGGAAGACAGCUUCAUCGCGAACGGCGUGAUAUUUGAUUACACCGGCAAGCCUUUGAGCAGAGAGACUUUUGGCUCCGACGGCUCGUACGUCGCCGGCGGUUUGAUUUACGGCAAGGACGGCAAGAUCGUGCUGCAGGGUGUAUUUGGGCCAGAUGGUAACACUAUUCGAAACGGUCUUAUCAUCGGCAGAGACGGCAAACCUUUGACACAGGACGACAAAGGCCCGGACAACAUCGCGGUGAGCGACGGUAAGAUCGUAGAUCACACGGGUCAUCCGCGGAACAUGUCGUCCUUGGUACCGGAUGGAUGUUACAUACAGGACGGGGUGGUGUACGAUACGAACGGGCAGCUACUAAAGCAAGGUGCAUUUAAACCAGAUGGCUGCUAUAUUCGCGACGGUCUUGUGUACGGCUGGGGCGGCCAAUUGCUGAACGCCGGCUCCGAGUUACCAAACGGCAGCUACGUCGAGGAAGGUAAGAUUUACGGCAAAGACAAGAGGCCGCUGAAUCACGCCGCGUUCGGAACGGAGGGUAACUUCAUCGAGAACGGCGUAAUUUAUGGUAAGGACAAGAAACCACUCGGCCACGGUAUCUUCGGCAACGACGGCAGCUAUAUACAAAACGGUUUACUGUACGGGCCGAACGGCAAGCCGUUGAACAAGAAGCAGACCAUCAUCACCGUCACAAAAGUGCGCUACGGUCUAGUGUACGGCGAAGAUGGCAAGCCCUUGAAGUCCGGCAAUUUCGACGAUGAAGGCAACGUGGUGCGAAACGGCAGGAUCUACGAUCCGACCGGCGAGUGUCUCAAUCAGAACAUCUACGGACAGGACGACGGUAGCUUUAUCAAGGACGGUCUGAUCUACGGCCGUAAUGGGAAGCCGCUGUCUCAGGGUACAUUGCCGCCCGAGAGUAGCUUCAUCAAGAAUGGAAAGGUCUACGACGUCAGCGGUCAACCGUUAACCGCGGAGGCCUUCGGACCAGAAGGUCUGACGGUCGUGCAAGGAGUCGUGGUGGAUAAAGCUGGCAAACCGAUAAAACAGGCGAACUUCGACGGCGAAGGAAACGUAGUGAAGGAUGGAAUUAUCUGUACGGCUAACGGAAAGCCACUCGACAAGUAUUUCAUGACCAUUACAAUCGCGAUGGUGCGCCGAGGGCUGAUGUGCGACAAGGACGGGCAAACGAUCGCGCGAGCGCCGUUCGGGAACGACGGCGGCUACAUCAGGGACGGCAAGAUCUACGACAAGUACGGAAAGCCAUACAAUCAGGAACUGUUCUUCGAGGACGGGUCAUACGUGAAGGACGGCGUGGUCUUAGGGAACAACGGUCAGCCGGUGGACAGCGCGACGUUCCCGAAGGACUUGCAAGAAUCACCAUCGAAAUCUGUGGCCACGAAGCUGAAGAGGCCGGCGAUCCCAGCCACGAUCCCGACGAUCGUGAAAACUACGACCAAGCAGUCGGUAGUGAAGGACCAGGAGGGCGUGACGCAAAAUAUUCAGGAAAAGAUAGAGGAUCUCACGCCAGGUGGCACAGGCCAAGUCACGGUCUCCACUCACGUCAAUAAGGCAGAGGCACCGGAUGACGGUAGAGCUCCAUACAUGACAGCGACAGCUGUCACCACGCGCACCGCCACCAUGCACGAGGACCUCGAAAAGAAUCAGAAGACGAGCCAGGUAGAGGAAAAGACUGUAGCGCAUACGACCGCGACCAGCGCGACGAGACAGGAGCAGCGGGUGGUGACGCAGGAGGUUCGAACUACCAGCCACGUGCUUUCCGGCGAGCAGCUGUUCUCACGAAGACUAAGCACGUCGAGCUCGAGCAGCGGAGAUUCAGGCACACCGAUCGAUCUUGACGAUGACCAGCAAGCCUUCUACAAUCAAUAUUAUCAGGGAGACUUAGCCGGUGUGAUCGCAACUGAGAAGCACGUUUACACGGGCGAACCGGAUAGUAACGUGACAACGACGACCACGGUACCUGUAGUGGCGACUGAAACAAGAAAAGUAGCUCUCGAGAGCGAAGACGGUAAUUAUAGCGCCUCAGGAGAGAUAGUCAGUUCGCAGACCAUAUCUAGUAAAACCCGUACUGUCGAAACUAUCACGUAUAAAACAGAGAAGGACGGCGUAGUCGAGACGCGAGUGGAGCAAAAGAUAACAAUACAGUCGGACGGCGAUCCGAUCGACCACGAUCGAGCUUUAGCGGAGGCGAUACAGGAAGCUACCGCCAUGAAUCCGGACAUGACGGUGGAGAAGAUAGAAAUACAGCAGCAAACGGCGCAGUAAUGAAUUCGAAAAUACCAUUUAAUGCAUAUACAUUAACAGGAAAAGGGCACUCUUGGUCUAAAAAAAAAAAAAAAAAAACAAACAAAGAUAUCGUAAUCUUAGAAACUGAUCUUAGAAAGAGAGAGAGAAAAAUUGGUGUUUACACUACGUUACUAUAUAUGUAUAUUGUGCACGCAUCUUGCCGUAUGCGUGAUGAGAAAAAAGUCAGACUGAAGUAUAUACUAACGUCAAUAAAUAUAAAUAUUCUACCAGGUUAAUGUAUUGAAGCAAGGAACAAUAUUAAGCUUUAUACCUUUCUCCUUAUAAGGGGGUCAAAGAAAAUUUCUGCUUACGGCUUGCCGCAACGACUCGAGCUUAAACUCGAUUAAAAAUCGAGUUUGAUAGACGGAAAGAAUGAAGCAUUGACGGAAUCUUUUCAAUAAAGAGAAUGGUACCUCGUACUAUUAUAAAACUAUACAGUGUUCAUAUUGAAAUGACUAAGAGAAUGUAUUUACACGUACGAGAGAGAAAGAGAAAAAGAGAGCAUAAAUAAAACAUUAUACAUAUAAUGUAUACAUAGCCACGUGUAUGUGUAUAUAAACGAAUGAGUAAGCUAUUUAUAGUUAUGGCGAUAACUAUAGAUAAUGAAAGACGGGGGUGCCCUGCAACUUAAAGUUUCGAUAAUGAAUAUUUCAUAUAGCAGUAAAGAGAAAUGGUUAAUAGUCAUAUACACAGAGAGUAUCUGAAUACGACGCAACAAUUAUUUGAAAUUUUGCAGCGAAGUAUAAUUGUCAGAGGUGUUUCAGAUUGAGACAUUAAUGUCGAGAUAUCCCUAUAGAGUCAGCCAAGCCUACUGAAAGCAUGUUCGCCCUCAGUCUAUCUGAAUUCUCUGUCCUAAUGAAAGGAAAAAAUAAACUCGUUACUUUCUCUCUUUCAUCUUUGAACAGAAUAUAUUAUACAAGUUGUUAACGAUACGUACGAAAUAUUCUGGUUCAUAAUGUUCAUAUGAAAUGGCAAGUAAUAUAUGCUCUAUGGGUUAUACAUAUUAUAUAUAACAUAACUUUAUCAAUUUGUUAAAAAAGAGCUCCUCAAAGAUGAAUCGACAGAAAGUAAAGUUUUACAAGAUUUAUGUAACAGCUGAACGAUAUGUGUAUAAUAUUCGUCAUAAUGCUUAAACGCAGUAAGACAAGCUUCUCUGCAAAAAGUAUUUGUAUAGUUUGAAAUGUCUGUGAAAUUGGUAUUGGCUUUUUCAAAUGGAUAUUACAUAACAUUUGUGUAACAGAGUCAGAGAAUCGUCUAGAUAUUGAAUAUUAAUUAAUAUAUAUAUAUAUAUAUAUAUAUAUAUAUAUAUAUUGCUAACUGAGACAAAGAUGCUUGAAAUCGUCAUAGUUUCUUAUAUCUAAAGAUGUUAAUGUUAGCUACUCUAUGUUAGAGAAGAUACAGAAAUUAUGUUGGAGAUGAUGACACUGUAUCGUUUUUCAUGUUGCAGCUAUAUAAUAAUUAUGAGAGAUACAAUAUUAAUGAGAAACUAUGUAGAUUUCAUUAUAUUUCAAUUAACUCGCGCACGCGCGUGACUAAUAUAACGAUUACUACUAAUAGGAUCAUAAAAUUAUAUAUAACUUUAUACCAAGGGCAAUGAUGCAUUGGUCAGCGUAUAUGUCUAAAUUUAGCUGUAGCUUUUGUAGUUUUAGAACUACAAUUUUACAUGAACGUUCAUUAGUUUAGCGACUUACGUUCCACCGUAGCUUACAAGUGCGAUCUGAAAUAAGCGAAGUAAGUCUCGAACAGAUUUUCAUAACGAAGAAUGAUAUAUUUCAAUAUUGCAGCUUUUUUGGUUUUAAUUUGUACAAGUUAUAAUUUGUACUUUAAAUGAUAAAAUUAGCAUAUACGAAUAUAUAUCGCGUUUUACAAGGCUUGCUUAUACCUUUGUUCUUUAAUGUGUCACUUUUUUAUUGAUUAUUAAUAACAUGUAUUUUAGAUUUCGUCUGUUAAUACAUUGCGCAGAUAUUUCGAUUAAAAACGAAAAAAAAAGCUAUAUACAGCAUUUAAGCUUCUAACUGAGGAGUUUCUUGCAUAUUUUUUUACUUUUUAUACAUUUAUACAUUUUUAUAUGAAAUGCGAAUUAUUCUGUACGUCUUUCCCAGUAUUUUCUAAGGUGUAAUUUGGAGAAGCGUUUUGUUUCAGAGUUUGUACUCUUGCCUAUUACUUUUGUUUUGUUAUUGUAGCGUUUACAGAUUACAGAAAAUAUUUAUCCUAUGUUUAUAAAUAAGACAUUGAUUAAUAUCACUUUAAUUAAGAUAUAUCUAUAUUUUAUUUUUGCUAUCUUAUUGCUUUAUUGAACAAAGGAUAAUCAUAGCCCGUUUACAUAAGAGAUUUUAUAAGAAAUUCGUAAAAUGGCCGCUUGCUCCUGUUAUAUACCAGCCAAGUGAUGAAUUGCCUGUGUGCCACAAAAUAUAUGAGUUUAUUACAUCUUACAAUAAUUACUUUUUAGCGUAAGAUCAUAUCUUUAGAUGCACGCAAGGCAAUGCUCUAUGAUUUCACGUGAUUCCCGAUCAUCGCUAGUAAAAAACGAUUAUUCAUUUUUUAUAUACACAACAUACAUUGCUCGAUCAAUGCGUCUCUAGAUCAUAUGAGUGACAUUUCAAUAUAUAGCUGCAUAUAACUUUUUCGGUUUACAUUCUCCUUGUGUAAGCUAAUAAGACGUUUAUGUUUUGUAUUGUCUAACAUUCCAUGCUUACAGUGACUAACACAUAUAUAUAUAUAUAUAUAUAUAUAUAUAUAUAUAUAUAUAUAUAUAUAUAUAUAUGUAUGUAUGUAUAUGUCAUAUAUGUAUUAUUUUUUGUUAUUUAUUCCGUCUCUUUUAAGACCAUCAUACUUUUACGUUAAGUCUGCUUGAAGAAUAUGCGUAUGCUUAUGUAAUAGUAAUUUAAUUCAAAAUUGACCAGAAAGAUGCAAUUCCAACGCGGAUGUUUCCAAGACUACGACUUUUUUUUAUUGAAUUUUAGCAAAUCAGUUUAUCGUCAGUCACUCGAAACGCAAGCUUACAAUGUACAGAUCUUCAAGCAGCGUACAAAUAUAGUUCAUAAGUUUAUAUUUUAGUAUUUCUGUUGUUCAGUUAUUAGAAGUAUUAUCAUAUAUUUAAUAUAAAAUAGAGUUACCUAACUUCUCUUUUUCUCUAUUUCACUCAUACACACACACACACACACACAUACACACAUUUAUACAAGAUUAAUCAUACUUCCACUGCGUCUGACAUUUUUGUACCGUGGAUUUACGCUGACGUCUAUCUGUAACUAUCACAAUUUUAUUGAAUAUACAUACAUCGCAGUUAAUUUUA